AGAGCUGGAGGACUGUGAAGAGCCCUCUGGGCGGAAUACUGAUAUCCCACAUUGCAGUGCAACACCACACAGCGCUCUAUGUCGUGGAGACUCUGUGGUCCUGUUGAUUUGAUUGUCUUACAGAGAGGGCGGCGGAUAAAAUAAGUGUUUCGUUUGUAGGCUUAAACGCAAAUUAUAAUCAAUAAACCGACUGGUUCGGCAAAGGGUUCUCUAGUGGGGAGCGAUCUAAGGAGAAAACCGGAAAGUAGAGGUACUUAGAAUGGAACCCGAGACAGCCUCCCUACUUUUCAGGCUGAGGUCUGGACAGAUACAGGUUGGAGCUGUACAGAAAAUGUCAUUUCCCCCUCACAUGAAUCGCCCUCAAAUUGGGAUCCCCCCUCUUCCACCAGGGAUCCCCCCUCCCCAGUUUGCAGGCUUUCCUCAGACUGUACCUCCAGGGACACCUAUGAUUCCAGUUCACAUGGGCAUUAUGACAUCUGCUCCUACUGUCCUGGUCCCCACUAUGCCCAUGGUAGGAAAGCCAAUGGGACCUCGCAAAGACUUCCCUGGCAUGAGAAACAAGGAGAACGAUGAGAGCGGUGGUCCAACCACGACAGUCUUCGUGGGAAACAUCUCAGAAAAAGCUUCAGACAUGCUCAUUCGGCAACUGUUAGCUAAAUGUGGCUUGGUACUAAGCUGGAAAAGAGUUCAAGGAGCUUCUGGAAAACUCCAAGGUAAAAACAGAACAGCGUUUGGUUUCUGCGAGUACAAGGAGCCCGAAUCCACACUCCGCUCACUACGGUUGCUGCACGAGCUGCAGAUUGGGGACAAGAAGCUGCUGGUGAAAGUGGAUGCCAAGACCAAAGCACAGCUGGAUGAGUGGAAAGCUAAGAAAAGGAGUGCAAAUGGGAGCACGAAGCCUGACUCGAGUGUGGAUGAGGUGGAGGAGGAGCUGGACGAUGAGACGAAGCGGCGCGACCAGCUUGUGAAGGGCGCCAUCGAGGGGCUGAUCCGCGAGUACUCGAGUGAGCUCAAUGCCCCCUCCCAGGAGGCAGACACACACCACAGGAAAAAGAAAAAGGAAAAGAAGGAAGACGAAGAUAUAAAUGCAAUAGACAUGGAAGAAGACAAAAGAGACCUGAUUUCUCGAGAGAUCAGUAAAUUCAGAGACACACACAAGAAACUGGAAGAAGAGAAAGGGAAGAAAGAAAAGGAGAGGCAGGAGAUCGAGAAGGAGCGGCGGGAGAGAGAGAAGGAGCGGGAGCGGGAGAGGGAGAGGCGUGACCGGGAGAGAGAGAGGGAGCGAGAGAGAGAGAAGGAAAAAGAGGAGCGGGAGAGGGAGAGGGAGAGAGACCGGGAGAGGACCAAGGACAAGGAGAGAGAGCGCGAAAGAGAGCGUGAGAAAGAACGAAGCCGGGACCGCAGCAAGGAUCGCAGCCGGUCGCGGGAGAAGAGUCGUGAUAAGGACAAGAAGCGCGACCGUGAGGAAGAUGAGGAGGAGGCUUACGAGCGCAGGAAACUUGAAAGGAAACUGCGUGACAAGGAAACUGCGUACCAGGAGCGGCUUAAAAACUGGGAAAUUCGGGAGAGGAAGAAGGCUCGGGAAUACGCAAAAGAAGCAGAACGGGAAGAAGAGAGAAGGCGAGAAACGGCAAAAGAAGCCAAAAGACUGAAGGAGUUUUUAGAAGACUAUGAUGAUGACCGGGAUGAUCCUAAAUAUUACAGGGGCAGCGCUCUCCAGAAGCGGCUGCGAGACCGAGAGAAGGAGAUGGAGGCAGACGAGCGAGACCGGAAGCGCGAGAAGGAAGAGCUGGAGGAGAUCAGACAGAGGCUGCUGGCAGAGGGGCACCCAGACCCCGACGCAGAGCUGCAGAGGAUGGAGCAGGAGGCAGAGCGGCGCCGGCAGCCCCCAGUGAAGCAGGAGCCAGAGUCGGAGGAGGAGGUAGAGGAGGAGAAGCCUCCCCAGAAGGAGGAGAGGAGGGAGGUGGAGCUGGAGCCAGAGUCAGAGGAUGAUGUGGAGGAAGGGGAGGAGCUGGAGGAGGAAGAGGAGGAGCAGGAAGAGCUCCAGGAGCCGAAGCCCUGCCUCAAACCCACAUUGCGGCCCAUCACCUCUGCACCGUCCGUCUCCUCGGGCAGCGGCGGUGCCACCCCGAACACACCUGGCGAUGAGUCCCCCUGCGGCAUCAUCAUCCCCCAUGAGAACUCCCCUGAGACACAUCCACAAGAGGAGCUACGGCCCAAGAUAGGGCUCAGCCUCAAACUAGGCUCGUCAAACAGCCCGAGCCAGCCCAGCGUUGGGAAGCGGAAGAAGCUAGUGGUGGACAGUGUGUUCAACAAGUUCGACAAUGAGGAGAGCGACGAGGUGCCUCGCAAGAGGAAGCUGGUGCCGCUGGACUACGAGGAGGACGAGAAAGGGGGCGGCAAGGGCAACGUAAACACAGAGGAGAAGCGCAAGCACAUAAAGAGCCUGAUCGAGAAGAUCCCCACCGCCAAGCCAGAGCUCUUCUUAUACCCCCUCGACUGGUCCAUCGUAGACACGACACUAAUGGAGCGUCGAAUCAGACCCUGGAUCAAUAAGAAGAUCAUUGAAUACAUAGGAGAGGAAGAGGCAACACUAGUGGACUUUGUAUGUUCAAAGGUUAUGGCUCAUGGCACACCACAAGGCAUUCUAGAUGAUGUUGCUAUGGUAUUAGACGAGGAAGCGGAAGUCUUCAUAGUGAAAAUGUGGAGGUUAUUGAUAUACGAAACAGAAGCAAAGAAGAUUGGACUGGUGAAAUGAAAUUUAAAAAAAAAAAACCCAAAAAAACAAAGCAACAAAAGAAAAGGGGGGACAAUUGAACUAAUUCCCAUUUGGCUUCCUUCCAUCAUUAAAACCAACAACUGAAAGUUUUUUUUUUUCCCCUCUUCGUUCUCCCUCUUGGUCUUGAUUGUCCAUGGAGGGGCGUCUGGAUUGUUAAACGCGACAAUGUGAAAGGAAGUGUUUCCUCGUUUCUUUCUAUUGCCCACUUCUGCCACUGACAAAGGUGUACAUUUUACUGGACUUAUUUGUUUGUUUGUGCACUAAUUUUAGUGUACCCAGAUAAACUACUGGUAAUAGCGCAUGGUCAAACUUAAUUUUUCAAGUCUGGUUGCUUAGUGGUUCGAAUGCUGAACUAAAAAGUAGUGGUUCUGUGUCUUUCACCAGUGCAACGUCAGAUGUCUAUUGAAAUUUGAUAUCCAUGUUUAUAUAUAAACAAUGGCUGUUGACAGGAUGCUGCUAAGGGAGUGAGUAAGUCAGAAAUAUUUGGAAUUUAGAAGAUAGUGUCCUGUAAAGUGUUAGGGAUGCAGUGUUCCAAUUCUGUGUCUGCAGCAUUUAUACACAGGGAUUGGAAAUACUUUUAAGCUAAUGUUUUGUGGUUUUCUGGGCUGAACCCCCCCCCCCCCCCCCCCCCCUUCCCUUUUGCUAAUCCUGCUAACUUUUAGAAGGCUAUGAUUGCUGAAUUAAAGUGACAUUUUUAAAUCCUUGCCAUCCAAUGAAAUAUACUUAACUUGCUCGGCUAAAGAAGAUCUCACUUAGACUGCACUCCAAAACACUAGACUUUUUAAAGGUUUUGUUGCUGUCGUACAAUAUAGUUGAGCAGAUCUGCUUAAGGAAUCCAAGACAUUGUAUUAGUUUGGAUUCAUGCACAUAAGGGGAUAAACAAAACGUAUGUAUUGGGAUACCAGAAGCCUGUUCAUUUCAGUGCCUGCUGUAAAUUUUCUCGUAGUGCUGUUGAACCAGUGGAUAUCCUGUAAAUUAGAUCCCAGAAUUUGUCUACUGCAAAAACUGUUCUCUCAAGGUAGGUAAGGUUGAGUGGAGACAUUCAUUCACGACCUAGUGAUUGAUUGUUUGCUUGGAUGUUCUGCUCUUUCUAUUGUGCAAACCCAUAUUAAUGACCAAAUGUAAUAUUUAGAUCAUCUUAUGCUGACAAGCAACUCCUGCUUUGGUUUCCAAAUUGGACAGUUAAAAACAAAUUAAGAUGAAUUUCGCUGCUGUUUUAAGAUUUGAGUUUUUUGUCCCUUCUUCCCUUCAGUGUAGCAUUUAACUCUAGCUACUUACAGCAGAUGCCCAUUAUGUAGUCUGGUUUUACCCAAAGUAGUCUGCAGUGUUCUUUGUAAGAUUUUCAGAAACGCACAGGUUACUCGAGGCUUCACUGAGAACAUGCUCCAUAAUCGUGCAUGAACUUGUGUGCCAUGAAACCAGGGAAUACAGGCACAUUUUUUUUUCAGUUGUACCCAUGUAUGGGGCAGAGCCAGAUUACUAUCUUUCAUAUUAAUCCUCUGCAUGUGUGAAUAAAAUUGCUUAGUAAAAUUUGCCAUGCCGUCUAAUAUUGGGCUUCUUUGAGCGUUUCUGAGAAUUUCAACAUCCCACAAUGGAAGACGCAGCUCUGCAAUGUUUCGUGACCAUCUUCAGCAGUGAUAAGAGAGACAUUAUUUUGUUAAAGCAAAUGUAAAAAUAAUGCAUUCAGAAUCGUGUGCCAGUGGUGUAUCUGAAUUUAUUAUCUGUAUUGGGCUGUAAAUGUUUUGCUUCUGGUAAAUAAUUGAUGUACCUUGACAAAAACUUGCAAAAUGGAAAAGAAAGUUAAACCGGAUGUUGAAAUAAUUGCAAUGAUGAGGGAAACCUCAUCCUCCUUCAGACUGCUGCAUGAAGAAUUGGGCAGUGAUGGGGUUAAACACAAAAACUUGGUACUGAACAGGAAGACAACAAUUUUAGGACAGUACUUGGGCCAAUGCAAGGUUAAUUUUGGAACAUUUAGUCCUGGCCUUCCGUUUUAAUCCCAAAGAUCUCUUACCUCGUCUAGGUUCUGAACCUGUCUGCCGCUGUAGUAACAUGUUGCCCUUGUGUAUUUUUAAAGGUUAUGUGAGCUGUGGACAUUUGCUUGAAAACACCCGAACAAAUACAACAAAAAUCUAAAAUGUCUUGAAAAGCCCUUGUACCCUUCUUACUCAAACUUUAUUUUAAUUGAAAUACAAAAGAUGGUAGUGAUUGUCAAAUGGCAGUGUCGUGAAAGGAGUUGCACCAUUGUCAUUGGACCCAUGGCUUUAAUUUUUUGGUUUAUUUGUUUCUUUUUUUAUAAAAUUCAUUUUUUUUGUUUAUGGA